ACCCGUAUAGCGAAAGGGAAUAUUGAAAUUUAGUUGUGAUCCACCUAUUCCAUUUGUUUAGCUAACAGGGAGGGGUUUGUCCUUUUCACUAAUCCUCUGUGUAGAAAGAGUUAAUUAGAGAAGGUCAGCAAUCUUGAAGAUUCAAGGUUAUGUCCAAACACAGAAAAGAAACCGACAUGAAACUCAGUUGGUGGGACUGAAGUGAUUGUUUUCAGUACUAUCUGCAACACCUACUUGGGGGAAGUGACAACUUAAGUCAAAUUAUCUUGAGUUAGAGUCAUUUGAGGGACCAGCAUGACUCCAUAAUGUUGUUAUAAGCCAUCGAUGUGAGUCCACAGUGAAGAAAGAACACAUACUUGUACCAAGGAUUGUGACAAUUUAUUUUAGUGUUUCCUGUGAAUUUCUCAACAUGGAGAUGCUUGAAUUUGAGUUUGAUUUUGAUAAUGAACUGGAUUUGAAAGGAAGUGCCUACACAUCUUUCAAGAUGGCGGCCUCGUCGGUGGAUUCUGGGAAUGAACUAGAAGAGGAGGUGCGAGGCCUGAGUGUUAACAGCUCCCGGAGUUCCUCCCCAAAAGAACAGAAUUCCCUCAAUGUGGCUUCGCCAUCUAGUGCUUCAACGGUUGCCCUGACAACGCCAAUCAACAUACCAGUCUCAGGUAGUAUUAAUCUAAGUGGAGAUAACAACUCAUUGGCCCCACCAUCACCUACUUUUAAAAACCGAAGCUCCUCCAGUGCCUCUUACAAUGAGGAUAUGGACAGUGCACGAGAAACACCGAGGCAGAUAUCUUCCCCUUUUCGUUUUGGGAAGAUUGAUAUGAGCCAUUCUGCUAUAGCACCAGCACCACCAAAACCUCAAAGAAUGACCAGUCCACAAGAGUGA